GCUUUUGAUGUCAUAUGCAAACUGAAUUUACGAUCACAUUUGACGAUUUUGUAUCGACUGAGGAAAUGUGAGGGGGAGAAUUUCAAUCGUACUUGGUCUGAAUACGAGCAAGGUUUCGGUUCUGUGCCAUGGAAUAGUUGGUUAGGAUUGAAAAAAAUUCAACAUAUUUUAAACAAUCAAACAUCAUUAUCACUUCGUAUACUUUUGUCGAAUACUCACGGGGAAUCUUGUUCUAUAUUCUACGACAAUGUCAGACUGGGCGACGCCUCAACUAAAUAUCAGUUUCAAGCUAGGAGUGUUUACACCUCCAUUUACCGCCCCACAUGUGGUGACUCCAUGAUAGGAUUGAAUAACACCCUGGAUCUGAGAGGUCGACCAUUUUCUACGUAUGAUCAAGAUGAAACCUCUAAUGGUUGUGCUGCAAGAUUUGGUGGUGGAUGGUGGUUUGCA